AUUACCUCCUACUCCGUCGUCCCAUAUGCUUAGGUAGAUUUGCUUUCUUCCAAGAACUCAGUAUACUGUUUCCUUGCAAGCCGAUUCCAAACCAAGUUCUAACAUUAUUGUCAACCUCUGGUAAGUGGACUUGACUUCAUGAUCUGACUUCUUCGAGAUUAUCUCGUUUUCGCUGCCAUCAAAAUGACGCCGAGACUGUCGUGUCGAAUCUUAAUCUGGGCGCAAGUGUCAUGUAACUUUGUACACACCACAGCGUUUGUACCCUUCUGUACACCACUGUCGCACCUACUGUCACAGGCUUAUGCACAUCAUCCCCAUGCUUCCCCCUCUUGUGUCUCCUAUUCUUCAACUCACGAAGUGAGCAGUUGACACUGCAUCUUCGCCCAUCCAUCUUUCUUCAACCCCCCAUUCCAACUGAAACCAUGAGCAACGACCAGCCACAGUCUCCCCGUCACUGGCACGGAGACCCCGGGAACCGUCACGAGCAUCUCAACGUCUGGGUCCGCGGUGGUCCGUCCUCCCCCUACUUCCGCCGUCCUUCGGUGCCAGGCGGAUCGGUGUACACUACCGCGACCGGACCGGAGAUGACUACCGAUAGACGUGUAUGUCUUCGUCUAUUCUCAUAAGCCCUCCUGUAUCACAUGCCUUUUGUGUUGUGUUCGUCAUAUGCUAUUCAAGCGUUGGAGUCGCAAAAGCAGAGACCAGCAAACCUCAUGUAGCAAGCACAGCACAGCACAGUCUCUCUCUCUCUCUCUCACAACACUCUACUGACACAUCUAAUAGGGCUCGAGUUCCUCUGAUAUGUCUUCCAACUCCACCAACAUGUCCAGCAGUCCGCCUCGGGCCCCGGACCGGAGACGCUCCAGUGGCCAAAACUCAUCCUUGUUCGAGGGUCUGACUAGUCAGAAGCGGAA